GCCCUGCACUUUUAUUGUCGUUAUUUUCACUUUAAAAAUGUCUGAAGACAACGAAUUAGACAACGACCAUCAAGAAUUAAGCCCUGCAAGUGUCAACGUUAGCGCAAUUCAACGACAACUAUCUGCUGCUGUUCAAGCCGCUGCUGAAGAGCCUUCUUUUAAUUUGAGACUUAUUGAAGCUGUGAAACAAAGCCAUUGUUUAUAUGACCCGUCUGAUAGACAAUAUAGAAGUGCUGACUACAAAAUUAAAGUAUGGAAUCGUCUUGUACAAAUGCUUGGAUUUCAAGAUGCUAGAACUUUGUAUAAUCGUUGGAAACAGUUGAGAGAUAAAUAUGGAAAAGAGAAAAAGAAAUUGAAGUAUAGUGGAGAACAGCACUCACAAUGGCAAUAUUUUAAGUAUUUCGAGUUUCUCGAUCCUCAUAUGGUUGACAGGACGCAAACUCGUUUUGAGCGGAAUAAGGAAGGAAAAAAUGAUCAACAACAAAUAGUAAUUACUGACCCCAAUUUUACUCUUCAUUUGAUUGAUGAAGUUCGACUGCAGCCUUGUCUUUAUGACAUUAAGGAUCCAAAAUAUAGACAUAGUGAUAUAAGUUCCCUCUACAAACAGUGGAAAAAAGUUCGAGACCGUUAUGUUCGUGAAAAACGAAAAUUGCGUAUGGCUGGCAAUGCAACUAAUGAAGUUUCUAAUUGGGAAUUUUUUCGUGAUUUGAUGUGGAUUGACCCUUUUUUGGAUGAAAGAGCAGCGCAAGUUAAACGUAAACGUGAAAGUAGUGAAGCGUCGGGAGGAGAGGAUGAACAAAUUUAUUUAAAUGAGAGUUUCUCUUCGUCUACAACAGCUAUAAAUUUUUCUAAUGGAAUUAAUUCUUUACAACAUGAAGAUUUGGGAACAUCACAAAUGUCUUCUCAUCAUUCACAACAACAGCAAAUUCAAAACCCUUAUACAAUGAUGUCAAUUCAACAACCUCAACAACAACCAUUAGAAUCAAUCCAACACCCUUCUUUUAACUUUGGACAUCAAUUACAACAAUUAGUCAGACUUCAGCAACACCCACCAAUGCAAAAUAAUACAAAUUCAAAUAUUGUUGUGGGACAUUCACUUACAGGAUUACACCAAGUACAACAACAACAUCAGAAUUUAUCAAGAAUUCGUCCAGCAUCACUAUUAAAUGAUUCAAUAGGUUUAGUAACCUCCUCAUCAGUUCAAAAUAAUUCAAAUCAACAAUUAAUGAUACCACUUCAACAACAACAAUCAAUACCUUUAAAUAACAACAAUUUUUCUCAACUUGAUACAAACAAUUCAAUCAAUGUUAGUGAACGUCCAAAUGACCCAACAACUUUACAAAAACAACAGCAGCAACAUUUAAUUUUACCUCAACAACAACCAUCAAUGGUAGAUGGAGAAAGAGCUUUUGCACACAGUGUUGUUGCCGAUUUGCUUUGUCUUCCAGAACAUGCACGUAUUAUGGCAAAAGCACAAAUUCAACAUUUAUUAGAAAAUUCAAAAAUUACAAUUGUUAAGGCAUAG